GGGCGAAGUACCGAACGAUGCAGCUGAUGACACAUUCAUUAGUUUAUACUUCGAAUUAGACGAAUUAGUAUAAGUUUACCUAUAAAAGUUGUUAGAUUUACCCUAAUACCCUAUCAGUGUUAGUGUUUCUAUCACUCCAUAUACGAUGUGGGAUCCAACGCACGUUCAAGUAACGGUCCAAAGAGCCCGUGGACUACUAAUUAAAGGUAAAAACGGUACUAACAAAUGUUUUGUUACCAUUGCCCUCGGGAAAGAAAAAUUCCAAACAUCCGUGAAACACAAAGCCACUGAGAAUGUAGAGUGGCUUGAGGAAUGCGAGUUGCGUAUACCGUCCCAGGGUAACACUGCAGAAAUUGUUUUGAAAGUGUAUGAUGAAGACAUUGUUAAAGACCAUUUACUAGGUCAAAUAUCGAUUCCGUUAAAAGACCUCGAUGUUUAUGAGAGGCCUAGAAACCGUUGGUACACUUUGCAAGGCAAGCCAGGAAAGGAGAAUGACAAAAAUAGAGGAGAGUUAGAGGUCAAGAUUGCCUUUACUGUAAAGGAGGGCAGUUUGACUGACCUCAGCAAAAAAGACAAACAUAAGUCAUCCUUGUCUAGCAUCGCCCAAAAUGUAGGUGGUAGUCUGAUGAGCAUUGGCAGUAUCGAAAAACGCAAGGGCUUGAAGAAGUUUGCUAAGAACCUAGGAUCAAAAAUGAAUUUGACCAAAAAAGAUAAGAAGAGUGAUUCAUCAUCUCUAAGUGGAAGCAUUGGAAAUCUUAAAAACUCUGCACUGUCCACACCAGACCACUCUACCCCUAAGACUUUACCAACAGAGGCAGACCCUGGUGUCAUUAGUGAGGAUGAAGAUGAAUUUGCUUUUGAUGACUUGUCCCACAAAAGUUCUGGCAGUUCCCUCAAUGUCAAUACACUACCACGAGGGCAUAAAUAUACACCUUCCCCUAUGAAUGCUUCACUUGAAAACCUGGGAGGUGGAGAGUUUCUGAGAAGAUCUACUAGUAGUAAUUUAGCAAAUUCUGACAAGUCUGUUCCAGUGCCCCAAAAACCUGUGCGCCUGAGCCUUGACACAUUUACUCCUCCAAGGCCACCUUCCCAAAUUAUUGACAAGGAUGAUGAAUGGUCCCAAAAGCUGUAUUCCAAAAAGCAAUCUCAUACAGUCAGCCAAACUAUGAUAGACAGAGAAAAAUCAGCAAGUCUUGAAAGAAAUAAAAAACUUGACAGUCCAAGCUCAUUAAAAGAAAAACCAAGUCCAAAAUUCUUUAAAAAGUUUGGUAACAACAACAAACCUAAAAAGUUGCUUGAAGAAAGAAUUAUUGUUGGAGAAGAAAAUAUUGUAGAAGAAGACUCCAUCAAUCCUGUAUACAACAGCAUACCCAAAGCAGUUUUGCAGCAACUGGAAGGCAAGUCUAAAGAAGAUCUGAUUGUAAUGGUGUACAACAUGCAAAGAGAUGUAGAAACAGAAAAGAAGAAAACGAAAGAUUUGGAAAAUUAUUUGGAUGAGCUACUAUUGCGAGUGAUGGAAACAACUCCGAGAAUCUUGCAAAACCCUUACUCUAGAAAUAAUAGCAUGCACAUAAGGAAUAAGUAAUUCAUGUCCUAAUAUUGAAAUAGACAUGUUUUUGAUAAAUUAUUUUCAUUGUUUAAUAUAUUUUUUAAAGUAUUGAAAACAAUUAUGAGAAAUAAUACUAGCCUUAUUGUUCUUUCUAAUAUAAAAGCCCAUUGUUCUAGGUUUUUUUUCCAUUAAUACUACAGGUAUCUUAAGAAAGAGAAUGGCAUGUAUUUUCUAGAAUUUUAACUAAGCCUUGUCUAUAGGUUAAUGCUCAACUUUCACUAUGUGAAUGAGUGCAAACAAGCUGGUCUAAUGUAAUCAUCUAUGUGCCUUACAUGUUUGAAAAAGUCUGUGAUACUAAUUGGUUAAAAGUCUAUUUUUCUUUAUUUAAUGAAAUGUGGUCAAUUGUUAACAUAUCUACCUACUUAAGAAAUAAAUUAUAUUUUCCAUUUUUAGUGCCAAACACAUCAUCCACAAUUCUUACUAAUAUUUAUUUUAAAGUCUGUUGUUCCAAUCGUGGACUUUUAAAAUGUAGGGUUUUUCAAACAUGAUUUUAUUAUUAUUUUUUAGUUUUUAAGUUAAAAGUGAAUGUAUCCACUUCUAUUCUUGUAUUUCCUUAAGAAACAAUUUAGACUUCUAUUUAUAAGAUGCCAGUGUGCAAUAUCUGUGUAGGUUAAGCAUUGUAAGUAGAUGCACAUUACUUCUAAAAGACUAAUUGAUAUUUAAAACUAAUUCUUUAAUUAUACUGUGUAAACUCCAUAUAACGCGAAUUCCCGAAAAAUUCACUCCCUAUAAUGUUGACAAUAAUUGUUGCCUACAUUUAACUUACUUUAGUAUAAAUUUCUGUCUAUAUAACGAAAACUCUACAGCGUCAAAAUCGUCCAGUCCCUUAAGUGUUGCUAUAUAGAGUUUACACUGUUAUUUCUAAGUCCAUGGGCCAACAUACAAUAAUUUAUAAAGAAUAUUAUCAAGUUACAAGUUGGUCUACUCUUAUAAUGUAACUUGAUAUAUUUUUCCAUUUUUGUAUAAUUUCCUAAAUACUGAGGCAUUUACUAGGCUUCAUUUCUAAUGGUACUAUUAUAUAAUGUUCAAGUUGUUUUACCUAUUUACAUAUAAAAACCAUAAGAUUUUCUCUUUUUAGUUGAAAUUCUUAUUUAUCUGAUUGGUUGCAAAACUGGACCUUAAAAGCUGUACCCUAUUUUCUAUGUUGGCAGUGGCAACUCAUUGAUUGAAUUUAUUACUACCUAUUACUAAUUUAAUGCCUACUUUUGCAAUACUGUUAAGUUUACCUGUAAGUUUUUUUUUGGUUUGUGAUAAUUUUGUUCAAAAGACAAAUGGAACAAAAUAUAAAUGUAGGUUGUAUUUGACUCAUAGUUAAUACAUAACUUAAGAGUAUUUGAUUAAUGGCUGUAUGAAAGUGCAAAAACAUGAGUAGCAGCCCAAAUGAAUUAUUUAUUUUUUGAUUAUUAACAAAAUGUUUAUUUUUCCACAUUGGUGAACUACUAACUCUUAAAUUAAUUUAGUGUUUAUAUCUAAAAGUUAAGAGGCAGAUAAGUUUGCUAUAACACUGAGUAUAAUUGAAUGAAUUAUAUACUAACAAAUGCA